GCCUUCUUAUUUUGCCCUUGGUCAUUCAUUAUAUUGAGGGCAUAUUAUAUAUGAAGUAUGGAAACCUCUGUGCACAGAAAAGCUGACUGGAACUCUGUGUACAUGAGCAAUGUUUGCCAACUGCCAGGCUGGCUAUAGGUUAAUUAAAUGUUCAGUUAGGCAUUAUGAUGUGGAAACUCCCCACUGUCAAACAUGAACAGUCUGUUUUCUGACAUAAAUUUCUUUAGAAAACAUUUUCUUUGGCCUAAGGAAUAACAUCUCAUUGAUAGUCACCCAGCAGAGGUUGGGGGAGAGAGGGAGCAAGGGAGAGUAGGGGAGAGAGAGAGGGAGAGAGGGAGUGUGUGUGUGUAUGUUUAUUCCCAGACUUCUAGUUCACCCUUCUGUUUGUAGUCCCUCACUUCACCCCUUCCUUCUGUAUCCUGUGCAUCACCAUUCCAAGCCUCAGCUUCAUUCUGCUGCCUCAGUCACCACUCAUCUUCCAUCUAUAUUUCACCUUCCAGAAUUCUGUUGAAAUCUCUCACCCUCUGAUGGACACCCUGCUCUUGUUAUGGGUUUAUAUGUUGUUUUUAUUCCUUUACCACCAUUUUGGUGGGGUCUUGAGAAGGAGAGGAGAUAAAUACAUGUAUUCAAUCUGUUAUCUUUAAUCAGACUGAUCAAUUUUAAGUAUUUGUGUUAUGAGCUCCCUCGUACUCCUGUAAAUUUGGUCUUGUGAAUAGUGUGAAUUUUCUGCCCAGAAGAUUAAAGAAAUGACUAUAUGAUUACAGGAAUAAGGUUGAGAUAACCUUGGGUGCUUUAAAGUUCCCCACUGAGUAAUCUGGACAAGAGGAAAGUACUAAAGAUACUGCUGAGGGCCGUAUGAGAUAAACUCUCUCUUCAUGACUUCAGAAAUCUGGUUACUUAUUCACAACUGGGAUAAGAUAAAUGGUCAAAUAACUAGAGAAGUUCCUCAAACCACUUGUAAAGUUAAGUUUUUAUUCUACUACCAUACCAUGCGCUCGUGCAGGUCUGCACCUUCUAUUACCUCUACAUUUCCAACAUCUGGAAGAGAACAAGCUGUGACAUCACCCGGGCAGGCCCCUCCCCAGUCCUACUCACACACAAAGAAUUUCCCCUUUGAUCUCCUAUUAACAUUGGCUGGUUACUCACAUCCCAGAUUUCUCUGGAUUGGCUGGGACUACAGAUAAAACAUUGUUGCCCAUAAUCAAGUUGAUAAGCUACCAUACGAAUGCACGCAAGUUCCUAUUUUAUUAAAAUAUAACAUGAAGCAUUUGCUCUCUUCUUUCCUCCCAACAUUUUCAUGCAAGACCCAGAGAGGAAACAUUAUCUCUGGCCAAAUAAAAGGUCUUUAAAGAAAAAAGAUAUAAAAUGGGUCUACUGAGUUCUAAAAACCCCAAAGCCAAGCAAGCCCGAAUUCUUCUUCUGGGUCUUGAUUCAGCUGGGAAGUCCACUCUCCUGUAUAGAUUAAAGCUCGCUAAGGAUUUUGUGACUGUCCCAACGAUAGGUUUCAACGUGGAGAUGAUCGAGGUGGAAAAGAGUCUUUGGAUCACGGUCUGGGAUGUUGGAGGCCAGGAAAAAAUGAGAGCUGUGUGGAGAUACUACUGUGAGAACACCGAUGGGCUGCUCUAUGUUGUGGACAGUACGGACAAACAGCGACUGGAAGACUCCAGGAGAGAGUUUGAACACAUUUUGAAGGAUGAGCACAUUAGAACUGUGCCUGUUGUUCUAUUAGCCAACAAACAAGAUGUGCCUGGAGCUCUGACUGCCGAGGACAUCACCAGAAUGUUCAAAGUGCAGAAGCUCUGCAGUGACCGGAACUGGUAUGUGCAGCCCUGUUGUGCCAUCACUGGGGACGGGCUGAUGGAGGGGCUCAGGAAACUCACUGGAUUUGUGAAAAGCUACAUGAAAUCAAGAGGAGCUGCUCUAGCAUUCUUCAAACAGAACUAAGGGCCAUGUGGUGAAAGAGACACUGAUGAAGCUGAAAGGGUAAUUUUUUUCCAUGCCAAGUAAGAAAAGCAAGUUGUUGAGCUGGCAAAUGUUUCCUCAGAUGUUAUUUUACCUGAAUUCAGUUAAACAACUUAGAAAAAUAUCUAGAAAAUAUUUUUGGCCAGGUACUUUAGCAAACUAUGUGUAAUGAUAAUCGAGAAUGAAAACUUUACCAGUUUGUGCAUGUCAGAUGAUUUAAAAUCAUCGUCUUUGGGACAAAAUAAAUUAUUGCUUUAUUAUUUUUAUAUCAGUACUAGAACAAAGUUUAAGUAAACUGCUAACAGAGUCAGGAUUGUUUCAUACUAUUUCUAGCUGUUACAGGUAUUGAAUUUCUACCAUGCUCCAAGGUAAUAGCUGGAUCAUAUACAAGAUGAAUUAUGGACAGGGAAAAGUUUGAUGUCAACAUUUCGUAAAUGCCUUAUCCCUAAAUAAAGUUUUUCUUCUGGA